CGGACGAUCGGUCCAGGACGAGUUUUGUAUAUUACUCAUCGUUGAUUAAGGCUGUGUUUUUAAAUAUCAAAAAUUACAAAAAGUAUUGUUAAAGAAAAUAAAUAUCAAUAUUUAUUAUUAUUGUGUAUAUAUAAGGCAGGAUGCAUCGUCGUCGAGGUCCAAAUUUCACCUACGUUAGUGGCUGUGUGAAAUAUAUGAUUUUUGUUUUGAAUUUUAUUUUUUGGCUAUUCGGCGGCUUACUGAUCGGUGUUGGACUUUACGCGUUUAUCGACAAAUGGCAGGCGACAGGUCUCAUAAAGCUGGACACAGUGUACGAUGUGAUGCUGAACAUAAGCCUGCUGAUCGCGUUACUCGGUGGCGUGGUAUUCAUCGUGAGCUUCGCUGGAUGCAUUGGAGCGUUGCGGGAGAACACGUGCCUCUUGAAAUUUUAUUCCCUCUGUCUGCUCAUACUAUUCCUGGUGGAAAUGGGAGGGGCAGUCUGCGGUUUCGUCUUCCCCCGUUCGUUGCACGGUCUCCUUGAACUGAGCUUCACUGAACGUGUCGUGCAUGCGUAUAGGGAUGACCCAGAUUUGCAGAACUUUAUUGAUUUCGCUCAAAGUGACUUUCAUUGCUGCGGACUGACGUCUGACGGCUACAUGGACUGGUCCAAGAACGAGUACUUCAACUGCUCAUCGCCGUCCGUGGAACGUUGUGGAGUACCGUUUUCCUGUUGCAUCAACGCCACAGAUAUUAGUUCGGGUCUCGUGAACAUUAUGUGUGGUUAUGGCGUACAGAACUUUCCCGUCGCCGAAGCCAGCAAACGUGUUUGGACAAGUGGAUGUAUAGAAAUCGUCCGAUCCUGGGCGGAGAGGAACCUGUACACCAUCGCCUCAGCAGCCCUGGGAGUCGCUCUCUCACAACUCUUCGUCAUAUACCUCGCUAAGACUCUGGAGGGACAAAUUGAAUUGCAGAAAGCCAGGUGGCAAACAUGAAAUAGGGGUGCAGCGGGCGCUUAUAGGGACGAGUGCCGGCGUGCGCUGCUGUAGCCGGGACUCGAACCCGCACCGCCGCGCACGGCGCCCGCUGCGCUGCACAUGUAGACUCGUUACCGGCCGGACGGACUGGGCCUUUCCAAAACUAUCCAGUGCUUUCAGUGUCGAUAUAACCAGUGUUGUUUGAGCGUUACUCGACUGACUGUUGUAUUCCGAACGUUUAUUCUUUAAGGGGUGAUCGGUUACACGAUUCUCUGUCUUCUUCUUUUGAAUGUCAAAUCGUUGAUGAAUGAGAGAGAUAGAUGUAUUUAACUGACCACCCGCUUAACGAAAUUGAUUAGUAAUGUUACUUUGGCGAAAGUGAAGGUGUUAUAUAAGUGUUGUUAUAAUUUUAAUUAUAAAUAAUCGCUUGAUUAACACUAUAAGGUUAGUGCGCUGUUUAAUCUGCGUCCACAUAUAAUACUCCAUGGCUCAAUUGCGUAAUGGACCUUAAGUCACGGUAAUAAGGAUUAAAAUAGUGUUUAUUUUACCGGCAUUGAUCCUGUGCCAUUGUAUUUAAGACUGAAGCGAUUUUAGUCUAUUAGAUAAAUAGACCUUAAUUGGAUAUAGUUCCAGAAAAAUAUCGGUUAUUAUAAUUUAUAUUAACGAGUUCAAAUAAGGAACUUCGUCGCAUUUAUAUGAUCUGAAUGUUUUAUUAAUUUUAAUGAAUUGUGAUUUUAUUUUAUUUUUGAGAAUGGAAUACUGAACACACAUAGAAUACCGUGUGUUUAUUGGUUAGUUCAAAUUUGAUUAUUUAAGUUUCUCAUUGGUAUAUUAUGACGUGAUAGAUGUAAUGAAUUUAAGACGCCCCAAAAAAAUAUUAGCGGACUUCCACAAUUUUACUUCCUCUAUUAAAUAAUAUAUUGCACUAGUUGUCGUUCGCGUCUCCACUCGCGUUUAGCCAUUACCUGCCUUGGAUUUAAAUUCUUGCUUCAUUUCAGUUACUUUCGCAUUUAUAAUAUCAGUGUAGAUUUUCUAAUGAUUCAAUCUAGAUAUAUUUAUGGUCUUUGCAAAACAAAUGUUACAUCAGAAUAGUUCAUCACCAGCCCGGUUACUACAUUAAAUAAUGAUUAGUUUAUGAAGAGCAGUAUUCGGUUCAAUAAUAAUAAUCUGAAAGAUUACUCUGUGAAGACGUUGGCGCGGUAUGAGACAUCACACUAACGCGAGAUCAACCUUCAAACCGGAACACAUUCAUUGUAUCUGGCAGUAGCCAAUGGUACCUUCAGAAUUAUGCUUAGUGGUGUACUAAGCGUAAGAUAAACGUAUAUAUUGAAUAUAGUAACUGGGCUUACUUUGAUUUUGAAAUUAUACUAUCUUGUGACAUAAACAACAAACUAUAAAAAGGAUUAAUCUAUGACGGUUUUAUUUUUAAUUUAAUUGCAUUAUCUUCUACAGUAAAUAUAAAUG